AAACUCGAAAGAAAAACGCUUUCUCGGUAGAGCGAAAAUUUUUAAUACGAAAUCUCAAGAUAAUACCGAUUAAAUUAGUAUUGUAGUAGAAGAAAACAGAAUGUCUCGUCAGAACACUCGCUUGGAUACGAAAAAAGUGUACCGUUUUUAAGAAGGCCAAACUGUGCGAGAGUGUAGAUUGGUAGGUGAUUUAAGCAAAGUGCAUAAAUAGUUCAAAAUGCAACCGGAAGAUCGCAAGGAUAAUAUCAUUAUUAAAAUGGAGAACCCGACGGAACGAUCGACAAUCGGUGGAGGUCCUAUUCAAAUAUUGCAACUGAAUCAAGCCUUGCAGGACCCGAACAACCAACAGCUGCUGCUGCAAAGUCUACAGCAGCAUCUCAAUGGAAGCACCUCGGGUCAGCAGGUUCAAGUGCUACCUAUCACUUCAUUGUCCAAUCAGGGUCUAGUAGUACCGACUCAGCCAGUCCAGCAAACAGCACAACCUCAAAUGUUACAAUUCUCCCUAGACGGAGGACAAACCUUUCUCUACCAACCGGUGCAAAUGCCGACUGCUGAUCCCAUUCAGAGCAUAAACAUCAACGGCAAUAUCGUUCAAAUUCCGAACCAGGCGCUGACAAGCCCAACCAACGCUACCGCAACUACUCCGGUUAUGAUGUUAACCGCCGACCAGACCGGAAUUACGUCGAUACAACAUGCUGCGAACUUUACUCCUACCGUGCAGGCAACGGUUAGCUCGGCCAGCUCGAGCACGACCAGCGGCACUCCAACGGGACCAAGCGCUUCAGCCACGAUGGUGACUGCUAGCAGUUCCAACAUCGAAGCCAUCCAAACCAUGGCCAGCAUGGAGUCCGAGGAAGAACCGCUGUACGUGAAUGCCAAGCAGUACAAGCGAAUUCUAAAACGCCGGCAGGCCAGAGCGAAACUGGAAGCCCAGGGCAAGAUACCGAAAGAGCGGCCAAAGUAUUUGCAUGAAUCGCGACAUCGGCACGCGAUGAAUCGGGUUCGCGGCGAGGGCGGUCGUUUUCAUACAAGUGAGAUGAAACAGGAUAUGGAAUGAGAUUGUCGUGUGGCAACGAAUUUUAAGCUUUGAAAUAUAUGAUUGUGCUUAGCGAGAACAAAUAUGCAAUAAACAUAUUAAUUGUGAGCGAAA